AUGGUCUCCACACAGUGUCACCUUCUCCGCAAUGCUCUAGAGUAGAAAUUUAACUCGGAUUGUAAACCUUGUUGCGGUUGAUUAGAGGGGGCAGCCUGACAGUUAUACGAGUCGAUCGGUAAUCAGCUGUUUCUGCAUCUUGGUGGAGUAAAGCAACAAAAAAGAUCACUAUGAAUAUCCAGUCAGUUAUCAACAGGGAAGUGUUUUCCCCCCGGGAUGAGAGGAUACUCGUGGCUGUGGAGGUUAAGAGGAGAAAAAGGAAAAAGGUUCCCUUUCUGCCCACUGGAGGCAAGGGAGAAUAUAUGACAUACAUCUGUCUGUCAGUGACCAAUAAGAGGCCAGCCCAGCUCCUCAUCACCAAGGUCAAGCAGUUUGGAGGCUCUGCCCCCUUCACCAGGAGGUCACAGUGGAGCGUGGAGCAGCUCCGCCAGGUCGAUGGCAUCGACCCCAACAAGGACUGCCCAGAGUUUGACCUGUUGUUCGACAACGCCUUUGACCAAUGGGUGGCCAGCUCAGCGGCAGAGAAGUGCAUCUUCAUCCAGAUCAUGUACCACGCCUGUCAGACCUACUGGGAGGGCAAGGAGCGGGUCCCUGGUGGCCUGGGUAGCCCAGCUGGAGACCAGCAGAAGGACCAGAGAGCUAGUCCAGGGGCCCAGGUUAGCCCGGGGUCCCAAGGGGGCCAAAGAGGCGGUCCAGGGGCCCAGGCUAGACGGAAGAGCACAGUGGGUCCCAGGCCCCGCCAGACUGAAUUUGUCAACUGUCAGUCCAAACUCACAGGAGAUGCCUGCACUGUGAAUCUGGUCAUCUACCGUUGCAAGGUCUUCUUCAACCGCAUGAAGAAGGUGAUGGUUUCAAAACAAAGCAGUCCUCAGGCUGGAGCAGGUCACAGAGCAAGUCCCAGUGGGCAGCGCCCCCCAGGGGGCAGUAUGGCUAGUGUAGUCAAGAGGGCAAGCCAGGCCCUGCAGGAGCGUGGGCAGAGACUGGGCCGUGCCGAGGACAAGACAGUAGACCUGAUGCACAAAGCCCAGCAGUUUGCAGACACUGCCCACAAGCUGGCUCUGAAGUAUUCAAACUAGAGGCAUCUCUUCCUGUGGGUCCGCUCCUGGCGUCCGUGGCCCUAAUUCACCUGUUGAUUCUAUGUAUAAUAACUUCUAUACUAAUGUUGGAGUGAGGCAUAGUUUAGUUGAAACCCAGUGGACGAUGUUCUGAGAGGAGUGGAGGGUUGUGGUACUUGCUCUUAGAACAUUGACUAUGUCAAAAGGACAUGGAAACCUUUACAGACGGGCAGUGGGGAGGACGGCCCAGUUAUGGACCUCGGAGUUUAAGAAUGACCUUUAACCUCCAGAAUGGGACCUGUGGAUCACAUGACGGUGUCUUUUCAUGGCAUAGCUAGCUGGUUUACUGGAUGGCAAUGUUGUCACAAUGUUCCCACUGCUUGAGGAUACUUGUCUUCCCUGCUUCAGUAGCCUGUGCUCUGAUGAAGACUUUAGAUUUGGGGGGUUUCACAUGUUUUUAGAUAUUUUAAUAUUGGCAUAUGAAUUCUCAGUAAUAAGCUUUUCAGAAUUCACGUGUCUUCUCCACUAUGGAAGUAUAUUUCAAUUGUGGUUUUGCUCGUUACACAAAGAAUUGUUCAUUUAUGACCGUGAACAGGCACACGCAUAGAGAGCAACUGGUGAAUGUUUGAUUUAGAUUGAUACUGGAGAAUUCAUUUUACCUAUGUCGGGGUACGAAUUACAUAGUCAUUUAAUGUUUGAAUGGAGUUGAAUGUAAGUAUGGCUAUUUCAGGUUAUUGCCUUAGUUUUGUGCUAGCUGGUACAGGGGUAUGAGGAACACCUAGUGAAAUGUUUUUUAUUUUCUUUGCAUGGUGAUGCUUUAGUAAGUAUAGUCUUGAUUUCUUGGCACUUUCUAAAUAUGACUAUUGUAUGGAUUCCUAUAUUGCACUAUAAUUUGUUUUGCUUUAAUUUGGUUCCACUAUUUUUCACUGCUAAAUUCCUCCACUACCCUCUCCCUGCUUGCAUCAUUCAUUGAUUAGUCAUUAAUCACUAUUUAAACCAUUGAUUAGUCACUGAUCACUAUUCCAAAUUCAAGUUGAUAAUCUAUCUGAUCCUUGUCUAUUGUCUUUGUCUAAUCAUGUGUGAGUCAUUGAUCCCUUGUCUUGUCAUGUGUUUUUGUCUCUUGGACCAUAUGUAUCGUAAUUACAUGUCUCAUGCCCUUUCAAUCUUUAAUUGCUGGUUCCGUGUCAGACUUGAGUACAGCCGGUAUAAUGGUGGGUUCGUGUAUGUAGACCAGGGCUCUUCUAGGUGAGGUUGUAAGCAAGAUAUGGAACGUUGACUGUGAAGAAUUGCGUGUGUGAUCAUAAUCUCGUCCACACAGCCGGCUCUCUAUGUGGUAGCAAUUGAGCCUGGGGACGAGGUUCAUGUGAUGACGUUUCAGAAGGCCACUGUAGAGAAGAGACUUCUGAGUUGGUUAGUGAUGAGGGUCAGAAAGGCUUGUAAGGUUUAGUUGAGUGCUCUUGCGUAGGCCUGUGGUUGUUGAAUUUAUUUCGAUGCCUAAUAGUGUUUUUUUUGUACACAACACUAAUAACUAAAUAAAUUGAUAUGCUUUAUCAACUGGGACAACAUAUCCCACUUCAUGCUUAACCUGUCAUGGAGUGAGAGGGAAGCCUAAUCUGUCUUUCAACUACUCGUAUCUGAAUGAGACUUAAUUGUGGCAGUUAACUAAGGAGACAAAUCCUAAGAUGGCACUUGUCCUGACUGUGCAUGCUUUCUGUUGCUAUGUUACUGUUGGUGAUCUGAUGAAAGAUUGGCUAGAAUCUAGAUUAGUUGAAAAGUGCCUACACUACCUUUUUUAUAUUCUGAUCAUGGAGUUGAAACCAUGAACUGAUGUUAUUAUUCCUAGAAAUGCUGAYUAUUUAACAUAGUCUUACAACAGUCCUUGAAGCUCUGUUUAAUGUCAAUGUUAACAUGAGAUUUGUACUGUUUUUAAUGAGAACUUCAAUGACCUUAACACUCCUCUUUUUGAGCCAAUAAAUGAAAUGGGACCCGUCUGA